GACCGGUAACUACGUUCAGUCGGCUUGCACUUUGACAGUUCAGGCAGAGCAACCAUCACUGUGGCAUAACGCUUAGCAGUCUGUACCAAACUUGCACCACUGUCGACCGACAAAAUGAGUUACAACAUUACAGACGAGCAGAAAGAUGAAUUCAAAGAGGUUUUUAAAAUGUUUGAUGUGGAUGGAGAUGGAACUGUGUCCACAGAAGAACUAAAGGAUGUCAUGGCAAAAUUGGGACAAAAUCCCUCGGAGAAGGAACUGACAGAUAUGAUCAACGAGGUCGACGAGGAUGGUUCUGGUGCAGUGGAUUUUGACGAGUUCUGUCAGAUGAUGGCAAAACAGCUCGUCACAGCGUUAAAAGAGGAACUUAAGGAGGCUUUGAAGACAUUUAGUCCAGGUGGAUCAAUUUCUGCUGGCGAAUGGAAGAAAAUCCUGAACAGUCUUGCUGAGAAAAUGUCAAAUGAUGAAUUGGAUAGCCUUUUGAAAACUGCUGAUAAAGGCGGACGAGGAAAUAUCAAGAAUGACGAUAUGGUCGGUGCUCUGUUUGGUUGAAAUUGAAAGCUUCAAUUGCCGUAACUCUCCUUAGAUUGUAUUGAGAACAUUUCAAAGGUUUUGCGUUCAACUUUUAGAUAAAAUAUAAUAAACAAUUCUAUUAUUACGAGCGUGAACGCAGCACCCGAGUUAGACAUUCAUGUAUUUUAAACUUUAUAAAUAAAUGAAGAUUCCAUUUAAGUAUAAUAGUGAAUAAAAUUUUGAACUUUA